AUGUCGCCAAAUCGGGCUCUCCCCAGGCCGGAGCCGGAAGAACUUAGAAACUCCAAGCUCCGCCCCUGCACAGGCCGCUACGCCUGCGCAGUGGAGGAGCCUCGCUGGGGGCGGGCGAAGCCGAGGCUCCGCCUCUCGCGGGGUCCCGCGGGAGCACCUAGCGCCAGGCCCCGCCUCCUGUGGCGGCUUGGACUAGGGGGCGGGGCGGCUGUGGCCGCUGCUGUGAGCAUGCACUUGGCUGGGCUGCAUCUUCUAGGUGGCAGGUCGGGCUCGGCUCUCGUCCGCGCGACUGCCGUCGGGUCCGCUGCAUCGGCAAGGGCGAGAGCAGAAGGGUACCGGCAACGAGGAGGGGAGUGGACGCUUGGAGGGGCCUCCGGUUUCAGAAGCGCCGCCUCAGCUAUGGCCCCAAUCAAGGUGGGAGAUGCCAUCCCUUCGGUGGUGGUUUUCGAAGGGGAGCCUGGGAACAAGGUGAACCUGGCAGAGCUGUUCAAGGGCAAGAAGGGAGUGCUGUUUGGAGUCCCUGGGGCCUUUACCCCUGGCUGUUCCAAGACCCACCUGCCAGGGUUUGUGGAACAGGCUGAGGCCCUGAAGGCCAAAGGCGUCCAGGUGAUCGCCUGUCUGAGUGUUAAUGAUGUCUUUGUGACUGCAGAGUGGGGACGAGCCCACAACUCUGGAGGCAAGGUUAGGCUCUUGGCUGACCCCACUGGGGCCUUUGGAAAGGAGACAGAUCUGUUACUAGAUGAUUCACUGGUGUCUCUCUUUGGAAACCGACGGCUCAAGAGGUUCUCCAUGGUGGUAGAGGACGGCAUAGUGAGGUCCUUGAAUGUGGAGCCGGAUGGCACAGGCCUCACCUGCAGCCUUGCUCCCAACAUCAUCUCGCAGCUCUGAGGCCCUGGGCCCGACAUACUCCUACCCUUUCCGGUUUCUCCUGCCCAGCCCCGGACAGAGGGCGCCCGUCCAACCCCAAAAUGGGCUGCUUCCCUGAUGGGAACUCUGGCCAAAUUUCUGCAAUAAACAUUUCCGGUUCACAUUUA